GAUAGGAGAGAACACUAGGGGAGUAAUGAGUAGGUGACUGUUAGUUACAUCGGAGUUCCGUGUGAUCGUCAUACGUUGUCUGUACUCGAUCAUCAUGCCUCGCUCUACGAUGAUGUUAUUUUUGUUAAUUGUACUGUUACUAAAUAGUCAGGAAAUUCUUGGACGAAGAGGACGAGGCAGAGGAAAAACCAGAUCGCGAGUUCAAAUAGGGCUGCCUAUUACUGGAAAGUAUCGUGAUCCAGAGAGCGAUCAAUAUUACAAUAAUCACAACGGAGCAAAAAUACUAUUGGCAUCACACUUUGAUUUAGAGUACGUUUUAGGACACAAAAUUGCUUUCCUUUGUACUGCACGUGGAAACCCACGACCUCAUAUCACAUGGUUUAAGGAUGGUGCUGAGAUUUAUACUCAUCUUUAUCUACAUGUACAUGAAUGGCAAAUUGGACCAGAUAAGGUGAAAUCAAAACUGGAAAUAGACCCUGCAACUCAAAUGGAUGCUGGAGUUUAUGAAUGUACAGCCGAUAAUAUGUACAGUAUCGACCGCAGAUCCUUCAAGACUGACUUUUCCAUUGCUUUUGAUUAA